AUGGAUGACUGGGACGAGAGUGAUGAACUUAUCCAGAAACUGGAUUUUUCCAGCUGCGCUGAAGAGAAUGAGAUGGAAGAGGACAGUAGUAUACAAGAAGAGGCUCCCCAAAGUUCAAGCCCCCAGAAGAGCUGGGAUUUUCAGAGUUGGAGAGUUAACAGUUCUCUUGCAGUAACCCCCAAAAGAAAAGUUGGUGAUGUGUCUCUGACUCGUACUAAAACAUGGGUGAGUCCCACUGUGGACUCUGCUUCAUCCUUGAGAAAGAAUGCUGGUCCUGCCUGGGAAUGUCCUGGGACUCCACUGCAUUACGUCACCUGGAGAAAACUGCAGCUGUGUGACACCCCGCACACUCCCAAGAGUCUCUUAACAAAGACUGCUUUUCCUUCAACCGUGGGAAAAUUCCCCUCCAAAGGUCCCCGGCACUUGAGAUUUACUCCUGGUGCUGAUCCAGAUGAUUCUGCCCAGGCUUCGCUGGUCAACAUUAACCCAUUUACACCAGAGUCAUAUCGACAGAUGCUCUUCCCUCCCAAUGGCAAGAGGAAAGCUAGAGGAGAGCUGGGAGAUCCCACUCUAAGCGGGGGCAAGGUGGAGCAGGGGCUGCCAGCCAAGAGAUUUCUCUUGAGAGAGAGCAACAUGGUUUCCCGCUACAAGAAGGAAUUCCUGGAGCUAGAAAAAAUUGGGGUAGGAGAAUUUGGCUCUGUCUACAAGUGUAUCAAACGCCUAGAUGGAUGUGUGUAUGCUAUCAAGCGCUCGAAGAGGCCUCUGGCAGGAUCCUCAGAUGAGCAAAUGGCAUUGCGGGAAGUCUAUGCCCAUGCAGUGCUUGGACACCAUCCCCAUGUUGUGCGCUACUACUCCGCUUGGGCAGAGGAUGAUCACAUGAUCAUUCAGAAUGAACACUGCAAUGGUGGGAGCCUUCAAGAUGCGCUGUUGGAAAAUGCUAAGACUGGGCGCUAUUUCCAAGAAGCAGAGUUAAAGGAGAUCCUGCUGCAAGUUUCCAUGGGGCUAAAGUACAUACACAGCUCUGGCCUGGCACACAUGGACAUCAAACCUAGUAACAUCUUCAUCUGUCACAAGCUGGUGACUGAUGGCUCCGCUGCUCAGGAAGAGAGCGACAGUGAAGAUGAUGGGUUCUCUUCCAAUGUGGUGUAUAAAAUUGGUGACCUGGGCCAUGUGACAUCAAUAACUAAUCCCCAAGUGGAGGAGGGAGACAGUCGUUUUCUGGCCAAUGAGAUUCUGCAAGAGCAAUACUGCUAUCUGCCAAAGGCAGACAUCUUUGCCCUUGCAUUAACAAUGGCUCUAGCAGCAGGGUCAGGACCACUGCCUCGCAAUGAUGCCAUGUGGCACCAUAUCCGCAGGGGCAACCUUCCACCAAUCCCUCAGCAGCUCACACAUGGCUUUCAUGGACUCCUUAAGCUCAUGGUUCACCCUGACCCAGUUGCAAGACCAUCCGCCACGGCUCUUACUAAACACCCAAUUCUUCGGCCCUCUCUUGGAAAAGCUGCACAGCUCCAGAAGCAGCUAAAUGUGGAGAAGUUUAAGACUGCCAUGCUGGAAAGGGAACUGAGAGCAGCCCGUCUUGCUCAGACCUUCAGGAAGGACCAGUCCUUGGGAUGUGCCAGACUAGAGUCUGAAACCUCUUCCAAACAGAACUGCAACAAGCGCCUGGUAGGAGGGAAGAAUUCUCGCUCAUUCAGCUUUACAUGGGGGGGUUACUGA